AUGCCUGCAAGGUCAGGUAUAUAUUUCUCAAUAAUUGGUGCAUUCCAAUUUAUAUCCAUGGCAUUUUUAAUUAUAUGUUGCGUGACAGCUCCUGUGUUUAAACAAAUUGGUCUAUCUAAAUAUGAAAGUAUCACAUACGGUGUCUUCGGUUACUGUUCAGGUUCUGACGGUUGUUCAAAGGCGAAAGGUAGUUAUGAUCCUUAUUCUUUGACAGAUGAUACAACCGCAUGGAAAUUAAAAUCUGAAUCUCGUAAAGCUUUAGGAUCCAUUUUGAUCGUGAUGCCAAUAGCUGCUGGUUUAAAUUUUUUCGCAUUUGUCGCUGCAUCUGUCUCUGCUAUAAUGUCAUUUUUAAACUCUUCUUCAUAUAAUGAAAUAUCUGCCGUAUCUUUCAUUAUUAAUAUAAUCUUUCAAUUGGUCGCUUUCUUAUCUGCUGCAUUGAUGUGCGUGGUGACAUUCCUACUAUUUUAUCCACAUGUGACUUGGUGUACAUGGUUAUUAAUUCCUGCAGGUGUCUUGCCAUUAUUAUCGUUACCUCUAUUAUUCUUUGCUUACCUAUCGAAGGGGCCUGUCGAGGAAUUUAUCGAUCAAGAUGAGAUGGGUUUGGCAGGUAAUCAAAGAUUACUGAACGUGGAAGAUCUAUACGACACCAAUAACAAUAAUAUUGAUCCAAUGUCUCAUACUGUAUUGCCGGAUAUUGAACCUGCUAAUCCGGCAGAGAAGAAAGAUGACAGUUUCACUUUUACUACACGUUCCGAUUCAGAUGGAACCGAUUCUUCAUUGGAUAAGGAGAAAUUUAGAGCAUAUGAUAAUAGUGUUGACAACUUACAACAUGAUGGUGCUAAUGAUGAUGACGAUGAUGAUAGAAGGGAUUCACAGCAAAGAUUUUCUGUUAUUGAAAGUGAUACAGAUGAACAUAAGAUGCAUAAAUACAUUCCCUCUGAUUCACUAGGUUCUUCUGUAUAUUCUGAAAAGGAUCAUUACUCAGAAGUACAACCAAAAAAUAAAAUUAUGCAAGAUUUUAUGAAUAAUGCACCAAGCAACAACAAUAAUAAUAUUAUUCCUGAACAAUACUCUCAAGAAGAUAAAGGAUCGAUAGUGACGUCGGUCUCUAGAAAUGGUAUCAAUAAUAUGAAUAACACUGUACCAUACCCUGGAUCAAACGUUUCUAAUCAAGGACAAAGACAGUUCCAACAAAUGCCAAUGCAUAUGAACUAUCCACCUCAACAGAGACAAAACUUUAUGCCUCAACAGAGACAAAAUUAUAUGCCUCAACAACAAGCUCCAACAGCAUCAGAGAUGAUUAUGCAAAAUAAUCCUAAUUUCUUACCAAAUGGGUCUAAUAGAAUGAAUCAAAGAAUGCAAAGACCUUAUCAACAACAAGGUAAUUUCCAAGGAAGAGGCUUCCCACAACAAAAUGGUGCUACACAUUUUGCUCCAGCUUAUAAGAGACGUAUCAAUAACAGGGCGAAUGUUUAUCAAAACUUGAAUGGUAAUGGUAAUUCAUUUGGUGCUGGAGGUGCAUACAAUUUCCGUUAA